AUGGCUCAAGGCCGAAUUUCAUUCGAGGAUUACCUCGAUCUCACAGCAUUAGUCUUCGAUUGGGGUGACAGCUACGAUGCAAAGGACUGGAAAAGACUCGAAUCCAUCAUCGCACCCGAGCUCCUCGUAGACUACACCACCAUUGGCAAAGCCCGCUGGGAAGCCAUGCCUGCCUCCCAAUUUAUGGCCAUGGUAACCGAUGACGAUUUCCUCGGCGAUCCUUGCGUCAAGACCCAACAUCUUCUCGGUGCUACCCGCUGGGAAAAAAUCUCAGACGAUUAUGUUAUUGGCCAUCAUCAAUUGAGAGCUGGUCAUCAAGUAUAUAAAGAUGCGGAUUUGAAGGAGAUCAAAUUGAAGGGUCAUAGUCAUGCCACCAAUGAGCAUUAUUAUAGAAAGGUUAAUGGGGUUUGGAAAUUCGCGGGGCUGAAACCACUUGUGAGAUGGAAUGAGGGUGAUGGAGAGAAUGAUUUCUUGAGGGUUUUCAAGGGAAGUUAUAAAAAGUAA